GGCUCGCCUGCGCGCUUGUUCUGCGGGCCAGGUAGAGUCGUCCCGCGCGGGGAGGCUCGAUCGCGCGCUGCCGGAGAGGACCGCUCGGGUCGUGCGCUCAGGCUUUGAAGUCGCCCUGAGAGAGAGAAAGAAACAAAGAGAGAAAGAGAUGGCUGCGAUUAAUGGGACCGUCGAGAACGGGCAGCCGGAGAAAAAGAUGCCCCCGCCGCUCCCUCACCCUAUUCGGAACCUAGAGGUCAAAUACACGAAGAUAUUUAUCAACAAUGAAUGGCAUGAGUCAAGCAGCGGAAAGAAGUUCCCUACUUUCAAUCCUUCAAAGCAGGAGAAGAUCUGUGAUGUUGAAGAAGGAGACAAGCCUGACAUAGAUAAAGCAGUGGACGCAGCCAAAGCAGCCUUUGAAAGGGGAUCUCUGUGGAGGCAAAUGGACGCCAUGAAUCGAGGGCGCCUCCUGAACAAGCUGGCUGAUCUCAUUGAGCAGGACAGAGUGGUGUUAGCUACUCUGGAAACGAUGGACACAGGGAAACCAUUUCUGCAAGCAUUCUUCAUUGACUUAGAAGGUUGCAUAAAGACGCUUAGAUACUAUGCGGGAUGGGCAGAUAAGAUCCAAGGGAAGACCAUACCUGUGGAUGAAAACUAUGUCUGCUUCACCAGACAUGAGCCGGUGGGCGUCUGUGGAGCCAUAACACCGUGGAAUUUUCCGUUGCUUAUGCUGAUAUGGAAGAUGGCUCCGGCUUUGUGCUGCGGAAACACAUUAGUUGUCAAACCUGCCGAGCAAACACCCCUCACUUCACUAUACAUUGGCUCUUUAAUCAAAGAGGCAGGAUUCCCCCCAGGUGUGGUGAACAUUGUGCCAGGAUACGGCCCAACUGCUGGAGCUGCUAUUUCUACACAUCCUAAUGUUGACAAAGUAGCUUUUACUGGGUCGACAGAGGUUGGAAAGCUGAUCAAAGAAGCGGCUUCAAAAAGUAACUUGAAAAGGGUGACCUUGGAACUGGGUGGAAAGAAUCCCUGCAUUGUCUGUGCAGAUGCUGACUUGGACUUAGCCGUGGACUGCGCCCACCAAGGCGUCUUCUUCAACCAAGGCCAAUGCUGCACAGCUGCCUCGCGGGUCUUUGUAGAAGAACAGGUGUAUCCGGAGUUUGUCCGGCGCAGCGUGGAAUAUGCUAAAAAGCGACUUGUGGGGGACCCGUUUGAUGCCAGAACUGAACAGGGGCCACAGAUUGACCAAAAGCAGUUCGACAAAAUCCUGGAAUUGAUCGAGAGUGGGAAGGAGGAAGGGGCCAGACUGGAGUGCGGUGGCGUAGUGGUGGGAGACCGUGGCCUGUUCAUAAAGCCAGCCGUCUUUUCGGAGGUCACAGAUGACAUGAGAAUUGCAAAGGAGGAGAUUUUUGGACCCGUGCAACCCAUAAUGAAGUUCAAAAGCCUAGAAGAAGUCAUACAAAGGGCCAAUAAAACAGAAUAUGGACUCACGGCUGCAGUGUUUACAAAAAAUUUGGACAGAGCCCUGACCCUGGCUUCGGCGCUACAGUCGGGCACAGUCUGGAUCAACUGCUACAAUUCCCUCUUUGCACAAGCUCCAUUUGGUGGCUUUAAAAUGUCCGGAAACGGUAGAGAACUGGGCGAAUAUGCUCUGACUGAAUACACCGAAGUGAAGACAGUAACUAUUAAACUGUCACAGAAGACUCACUGAGUGAGGAAUGCCAGGAGACCUAAAACUCUGACGCUCUGAAUGUUGAUGUUUCGUAGGAUGGGCGGGUGGUAAAAUUUGAGGAGAAGGGAGGAAGUCCGCGUGAACCCCAAUCUUCCUUGGGCCCUGAGGACUUUGUUGGGACACUGUUCAAGAAUUAACGGUUUGGCUUUCCAAAAUGGGCCUCCAACUUUGGUGUUGUCCACUGAAUGUUAAACAAUGAUGAUUAUUAUUAUUUUUAAAAAAUGUGAACAUGUUUGUAUCAAUGGAAUGUCCUUCCCCUUGAUAACGGAAUGCUGCUGAACUUCAGUAAUGGCUCAGGGGAUGCAGGAGUGGAGAUGGAGAAUCAGAUGGGCAACAUCUUCCAGAUGUGGUAGGAUUCCAUCUGCCCCAGACAUCUGCCAUCUAAUAACAUCUGAACAAUGUCAAGUUAUGUCUUGACUGCCAUUUUGUAGUGGAAAAGCAGAGUAUAAAGGUAAUGGCUACAAUCCUGUUGCUUAGCAUAGUAAGUAGAACUAGAGCAGGCCCAUUGAAUCAAUGGAUCAUAAUAGAGUUGACUCACCAAAUCUCCAGUAAUUCAAUAGACCUACUCUAGUUGUGACUUAACUACCUUAAGCAAUGGGAUUCAGCCAUUAAUAAAUGCCCAUCCUCUAGAACAGUGGGUCCCAACCUUGGGUCCCCGGACGCUCUUGGACUAAAACUCCCAGAAGCCUUCACUGCCAGUUCUGGCCAGGAUUUCUGGGAGUUACAGUUCAUGAACAUCUGGGGACUCAAGGUUGUGUACCACUGCUGUAGGUGGUUUCCACAGCCUCAAAGGUUAUGCCUUCUAAUCGUGCAACUGACCCUGUUCAGACAGCAAAAGCCCUCACUUUGCUUGAACUGUUUUCUCUUAGGGUCCGUUUCUUUAAAAAGCCCGAUGAAGUUUUUCAUACAAAUCCUCUUGAUCUGUCUCAUGCACGCGGCUGCCUUCGCCACGUGGAUUGCUCUCUCUUUUUGUACACCCAGUUUAAAUUGGGCCUCUGGACUGUGACAUUGUUAAGGGAAGCCCCUACGGCUGAUUUAGCUCAUCCUCUGUUGGGAAAACAGAGGGCCCUGUAGAAAAGAGGACAGGACUUUUGUAUGAUCAGCAGUUGUGCGGGGAGGGGAAAAAAAGGGAAUUUAGCAAGUGUCAUUGAAAUGAUUACCUCCUGAAUGUUCCAUCUUCCACAGGAGCCUUGUGGAAAUAGCCACCUGAGGCUUUCAGGAACUACAAAAUUUUCUUCUGGGUCCUUCUAUCACCUGUCUGAGAACAGCUUUGGAAUAUAGGCUUCUUGGGUUUGCCAAAUUCUUGGGUUUCCUCUUCAGUCAUAAAUACGUACCAAACCUCAAAAAAAAUUGUACACAAUUAGAGGCCUUAUCCAUGUAACUUUUAAUAAUGGUUCUAGCUCCCUAUUGGGAUCAUUUUUCAUCUUCUUUCUACACUACCAAUAUUGUGACAUAAUAAAAAAGAGGAGUCUCUGUGUUAUAAAAUUAGGAGAUAAAUUCUGCUUCUGGUUUUCCAGACACAUGUUUUACUCACAUAUAUGUUUAUUGUAUGGUCACAGACCCAAUAACGCAUAUUCUGCAGUUGCUUGAAAUUAGUAUUUUUUUAAAAUGCUCCAUUAAAAGAAAGAGAUAAGUAGCUUCAUGCAGGGACAUAAGUAUGCCUGCAUAACUCUCACUCACCCAGAGCAUUUACUGAUUUGAGAAUUCAGAAAUUAGCAGUUGUAGCAGCUGGGGUGGGACCGGCUCUACCGUUGGGUGAACAGAAAUUAUUCCUUCAGGUUCUGGUGUCACUGAGCUACCUGCUCACCCAGGUAUGGCUCUCCUCUUCUAGUGGAAGAAGAGGGUGCUGCAGUAAGGGAGGGCAUGGUCUUACCCCAGGCUGCAUUGCCAGCUAGUCAGAUAUUCCCAUUACGAACCAAUUGAUCGACAUUUUUGCACCCUGGGCAUUUCAGUGCACUGGGUGAAAAUCCCAGUCCACCCACUCUAAAUACGGCUCUGAUGGUUCACCCAGAAGGACCUCCUUAAUUUGCAACCGUGUAUUCAAGCCAGAGAAGCAAACAUCAAAAUUAAACCGCAAAAGUAAUCUUCUGUCUUGUCUGUCUGAUGAUGACUAAUCCAUCAUAAUUCCAUUAGGAAUAAUCUGUUUUUAAUAACUUGGCAUGUAAAAAUUGAUGCCUAAAGUCCGUCUUUUGACCUCAGACAUUUAAAAAUCUUUAUGCUACUCACUGUAACAGGGUUUUUUUUAAAAAAAAAAUGUGUGUGUGUUUUUUUAAAUGUUAUCAGAACUGAAUUUUUCUAUAUUGGAUAAUAAAAUAUUGUUAGGCACUAAUUGUAAAGUACAAUCCACUAGAGCCUUUAUAUUCUUUCAUUGCAUGUUAGUGCUUUUCUGUAUGAAAUAUUCCUUUUUAAAUGUCUAAAUAUAUAAAGAUAUAUUUAUAAAUUAGAACACAAUUAAUCUAAAGUAUUUUUAUUGCUGAUUGUACAUGGGAGAUGUUACGCUUGUUCUAAAGGGGAACUCUUUGUCAUGUUAGCUUUAUGGUUAUUAUUAAAAAUGUUAUGAUUUUUG